AUUUGUUUUUCUUGAUAAGUAAUAUAAAUUAACAAAAAAAAACUAAACUUCUCUAAAAUAUGUGGCAACUAAAUAUUCGGGCACUACAAAAUGUAACUUAACUAAUAACUUGUUACGUCGCCUUUUGCCUUAAUUACCGCCUGCAGGCUGGGUCUUAACUAAUGCUUGACAGUUUUCUUGAGUAAACGAAUUCCAAAUUUGUUGCAAUUUCAUACGCAGUUCAGAGAUUGUUCUCUGAGGAUGGUUUCUCAAAUGUUGUUUGAUUUUGAGACAGACUGUUUCUAUCACAUUUAAAUCGGGACUACUGGCGGGCCAAGAGAGGACAUGUACGUCAUGAUCCCCAAACUAUUGUUUUGUGCUUUUGGCAGUGUGGCAUGAUGCGCUGUCCUGCUGAUAAAUGCAAUCUCUGUCAGGAUAUAAGUCUGCUAUGGUAGGCAAAAAUGUGUUCUCAAGGAUUUCUUAUUCUUAUGUCAAGCCUACUUGUAAAAAUGUGCUUUUAUAUUGACUGCAGACGAAAUUUUGGAUACAGACGAGCAUAAGCUUGCUCAUUCUACCUGAAUCCAUUAGAUAAGUACUGUUUGUGUGACAUUAGCCUGAGGAAAAUGGAAUGGGACGAAAGAAAGGGAGGAAGUAAAAGAAAAAACAGGGGGAAAAGCAACUAUUUUGUGUGAAUAUGUAAUGUAUGUAUGUAUGAGAUCUUUCAGAUAUAGUUAGAAGUUCGAAAUGUAAUUUUUAAUUUAGUUUUUAAUCAUCCAGUGUGUCUUUACCAAGUCAUCCAUUUAUACCCAUUGUAUAGGUACCUCAUCUACAUUAAUCCUGAUGAGGCAAUCCAGCACUUUUUCUAAAAUAGGCAUCCUGUGUCUUUGAAAAGUUGAUUUUUGAUUAGCCACUGAUUCAGAAACUCUAAAAUUUUGCCCAAUAAUAAGCGUUGCCCAAUGCAGUGUUUUGGGCAUAGAGAUAGACUUCACAGUUGCAGGGAUGGUGACAACACAAGAUCUGCAUUGCAUUGUAAUUUCACAUUUCACCUUCUUACAGUUUGUGGAAAAAUCUCAAGGUUAUAACUUUGCCCAAAGAUUCAACAUAUUUUGAGUUGCAGUAUAUGUUGUGGCUUGGUUGUAUUUGAUGUCAAAGAAUAAGCAAUAAUAAUUUCAAAUAUUUUGUUACACCUAAUACCAAAAUCUUGUUAGGUGACAUCCAAGUUGUGCCCAUUAAGAUCAUCAAUGCAGUUACUCCAAUUCCAACAAUGUAUACUUGGGCACCCAUACAACAGAAUUUCAUGGUAGAAGAUGAGACUGUGCUACACAACAUUCCAUACAUGGGUGAUGAGAUUCUGGAUCAAGAUGGCACCUUUAUUGAAGAACUGAUCAAAAACUAUGAUGGUAAGGUCCAUGGUGACAGAGAAUCAGGGUUUAUAGAUGAUGUCCUUUUUGUGGAAUUGGUACAUGCCCUGAUGCAGUACCAAGAAAAAGGCAAUGAUAAAUCAGAGAAAAAGUCUGAGGAGAAAGAAAAAGAUAAAGAAAAGGAAAAAAAGAAAGAUGAAGAUGAGGAUAAAAAGAAGGAGGAUUUGGAGUUUCCUACAAUGGUGAUAUUUCAAGCGAUUUCAUUGCAAUUCCCUGAUAAGGGUGGACCUGAAGAGCUGCGUGAUAAAUACAUUGAAUUGACUGAAAGAACAGAUCCAAAUGCUCCUCCAGAAUGUACCCCAAACAUUGAUGGUCCAAAUGCUGCUUCGGUACCUAGAGAGCAAACUAUGCAUUCAUUCCACACCUUAUUCUGUAGACGAUGUUUCAAGUAUGACUGCUUUCUGCAUAGACUGCAAGUAUGUCAUCCUGGUCCGAAUUUGCAAAAAAGAAGAGGCCCUGAUUUGAAACCUUUCACUGAGCCUUGCGGUGCGGAUUGCUAUAUGCAUCUGGAUGGAGUGAAAGAAAAAAUGGCUGCGAAAGCGAAGCAAGACGAGGAAAUUGAGAAGGAGAGUAAGGGCAAAGCUGCAAAAGCAGCAGAAGCAGCUGAAAUAAAAAAUGGCACUUCUUCAAAUCCGAGGAAGAUUUCAAAGCAGCAAAGUGUCGAUUCUGGAAAUGAAGCUAGUUCCGAAGACAGCAAUGAUAGUAAUAAAGAUAAUGACGGAUCAGAUCCAGUUUCAACCACUACCUCUUUCAGUCUGUUAGGUUUGAUGGGCGCAAAUGACCACAAAGAAUGGACUGGUUCAGAUGAGAGUCUAUUUAGGGCUUUACACAAAGUCUUCUUGAACAAUUAUUGUGCCAUUGCGCAAAUUAUGCUAACUAAAACCUGUCAACAGAUAUAUCACUUUGCCCAGAAAGAGGCAGCUGACAUCCCAGCUGAAGAAGCUGUGAGAGACUAUACCCCACCAAGGAAGAAGAAGAAGAAGCAUAGGCUUUGGUCCAUGCACUGUCGCAAGAUCCAGCUGAAAAAAGAAUCGAGCAGCAACCACGUGUACAAUUUCACGCCCUGUGAUCAUCCUGGCCAGAAUUGCGACCACAAUUGUCCAUGUAUUGGUGCCCAGAACUUCUGCGAGAAGUUCUGUCAGUGCAGCUCUGAUUGUCAAAAUAGGUUUCCAGGAUGUCGGUGCAAAGCACAGUGUAACACGAAGCAAUGUCCAUGUUAUUUGGCUGUUAGAGAGUGUGAUCCUGAUCUAUGUCAAACAUGUGGUGCUGAUCAGUUUGAUAUCUCCAAGAUCACUUGUAAAAAUGUUAGCGUUCAACGCGGAUUGCACAAACACUUGUUGAUGGCUCCAUCGGAUGUAGCUGGUUGGGGCAUAUUUUUGAAAGAUAGUGCCCAAAAAAAUGAAUUCAUAUCAGAAUAUUGUGGGGAAAUUAUUUCUCAAGAUGAAGCAGAUAGACGAGGAAAAGUGUAUGAUAAAUACAUGUGUAGUUUCUUGUUUAAUCUCAACAACGAUUUUGUGGUUGACGCAACGAGAAAAGGAAACAAAAUUCGUUUUGCAAACCAUUCCAUUAAUCCGAAUUGUUAUGCUAAAGUUAUGAUGGUUAAUGGUGACCACAGAAUCGGGAUAUUUGCUAAACGAGCUAUUCAACCAGGCGAGGAGUUGUUCUUUGACUAUAGAUACGGACCAACCGAGCAACUGAAGUUCGUCGGUAUAGAGCGUGAAAUGGAAUUUUUGUGAGACUUCAACGUUUGUUAUAAUAUUGCUUUUGUGUUCUAUUUUAUUAUACUUUUAUAGCUUUACACGUGAAUAUACUAGGUUUUCCUAAA